AUGGCAGUCAAAGACGAUGUAACGUUUAAUGAACUCAUAGCCAAUGGUUUUUUUGAAAGAAAUAAAGAUUAUAUAAAAAAAGAAACCGAAGAAGAAAAAAAAAAAGACGAAAAAGCAAACGUAAUUGACCUUUCCAAACCCGAAUACGAUGUAGUUAGUAAUGAUGAUACAUGUAAAAAAAUUUAUGUUUUGCUUGCAAAUCGUAGAGCGUAUAAAGUGAAAGAAGAAUUGGAUGAUAGUAAUAUAUUUGCGGCUUGGCUUUUCGAAGGUCGCAGGGAAUCUUUAGAAAAUGAAAAUAAACUUAAAGCACCUUCUAAUAUUAUUGGAAUGAAUAGAAUAACUUAUUUUGAAAACGUUAGACCUUUGUUUACUGAAUGUGAUGAGUGGAACAUGAGAAAUCAGCAAAAAAGACCGGGCAUUGAUAUUCAACUUUGGAGUUAUGAUAAUGUUAAAACGAAUUAUGACAAAAUUCUUGCACGACUUAAAGCACGAAACAUGCCUCCUGGCGCUCCUUGGUCCGAUGAGCAAAUUAAUACAUUUAUCGCCUGGGGUUUAGACGGUAAACCAGAUGCUGAAGUUCUUUCACCUAUAAGACCGUAUUAUCCUGGAAUUGAAAUCAGCCCUGACAAAUUGAAUUUUGACCAACAUAUCAGUAUUUUGUUUACAGAGGGCCAUCAUGAUCGUAUGAUUGAACAUAAAGUUGACAGAUCUAAAUACUCCAAAAUGCGUGUAGAUUUGCAAGAUUAUGAAUCGGUUAAAUAUCAUAAAAAAAAUAUUCUUGAUCGUUUAACAUUUCCCACCAAAGAUAAAAGAAUGCCCAAAUUCAAUCCAUGGCCUAUAAAAAAUGUUAAAUUAUUCCAUGCCUGGGCAGCACAAGGAGAAGAACCUUUAAGAGAUUCAACGCCAGCUGAUACUAAACCCUAUAGUAAAGGAGCUCAAGAACUCAUAGAUAUGCAAGGAUAUGUUGACAGAUAUAUGAACGAUCCAGAUGCACCAAAAGAGUAA